AUGGGUUUAACUCCAUUACAAAGUAAUUUCGCCCAAUGUUUUCUUUGGGGAACUUGGGCAAUGUUUCAUCUUCAUAAUUUCUUCGUCUCUAUCGCGUAUUACCAUGCUCGUCAAGCAAAUGUAUCAAAUCUUCUCAAGAUCAUUUUUAAUUUCUCUGGUUUUGUCAGAGCUGUCCUCUCAAUAGUAUAUGUACUGACGACUUUUGAGGAUAACUCUGCUUGCGCAAUUCAAGGUUACAUUGUAAAUCUAUCUACAGUGUUCUUUCGUUUGUCCUUAAGUGCUUUUUUAUUGUGGCGAGUAAGACAAGUUGAAUAUAAACGAAGCGAUACAUUUAUUGGCUCAGCACUCUUAGUUUGUACAGCAGUUUUACAGUUCACUCGUGCCUUUCUCAACAAGAUACACACUGCUCGUGGACCUACAGGAUACUAUUGUACCGGCGAUUCAUCAGAUACAAUUGUAAAUUUGCAAUGGACAUUUCUUGCAAUAGACUUCGUUAUCGAUAUAUUUGUAACAACAAGAUUAGUUCAAGUACUCCAAAAAGCCAACACUAAUGCCAAAUAUGUAGCAUCAAACAUGAGACGCCCACAUAAAAGAACAUUAUUUACCGCAGUCAUGUACUGGAAUUUCUUACGACUAUUUAUCACAAUAUUUUACCACGUGAUGUCGGCGGUAUACGCUAAAUUGAUUUAUAAAAUAAAUGGGCUUACCAUAAUGUAUAUUUUUACAUUCAUUUAUAUUUCACUGUCGUAUUUGAUAACUGCCGAUGCGGAGAUAGUGAGAGUAAUUGAGGGGCGCGGUCCAAUUACUAGCGGAAAACCCGAGAAAUCAUCAUUUAAUAAAGGAAAUAAAAAUACACAUGGUCAAACAUCAACAUUUGAUAUCUCAACUAAAGAUUCGCACGAUUUUACAUCAACUCAACUUUCAUAUAAACCAACUGUAUCCCAAAAUACUCAAGACACUCAAAGGAUCGGUAAAGACACUGUAGUUGUCUCGUCGAUGAAAAGAGUUUCUUUUUUUGAAUGGGCAAAAUUUGUCGUCGGAAAACGCACCGAUAAGAAUGAUAAGAAGGAAACUGACAACAGUGCAGAUGAUUCGAUUGAAGAAAUACGACAUGAAGUAAACGCCGAGACUGAUCCUGAACUUGGACUUGUCAGCAAGCCUGAAACAAAUGAAAAUCUCGCUAUGAAGUCUGAAUUAGAUAAAAACCAACGAUUUAGUGGUCAUAGUUUAGAUACAACUGUCACAGAAUCAACAAUAUCUAAUACAGACAUUAAUAAUAAUAAUGAAUCAAAACAUAAUUCAAUUGGUAAUGCUCUCUAA